AUGAAGGCUACCGCUCUCCUCUCCCUUCUUCCCCUGGCCUCGGGCAAGGUCCUCUGGGACGGCCGGUUCAACGACCUCACCUCCUCGUCCGACCUCAACAAGUGGUCGUGGGCAAACCAGGUCGGCCCCUACCAGUACUACAUCCACGGCUCGGGCGACGUGACCAAGUACGUCAACCUGUCGCCCAGCUACAAGAACCCCAACGACACGGCGUCGAAGCAGGGCGUCAAGAUCACGCUGGAUAGCACGGCCUACUGGAACGGCCAGAACAUGCGGCGCACCGAGCUGAUCCCGCAGACCAAGGCGCCCAUCGCCUCGGGCAAGGUGUGGUACCACUUCUCCAUCUCGCGCAAGGACACCAACGCGCCGUCCAUCUACCGCGAGCACCAGAUCGCCUUCUUCGAGAGCCACUUCACAGAGCUCAAGUCCGGCUGGAUCAGCGGCGAGCAGGCCGUCAGCAACCCUAACCUGCAGUUUAUGGUGCAACAGCGCAGCCUCUGGAAGACGGAGUGGAAGCCGAACGUUUGGCACAACAUUGCCUACGAGAUUAACUUCUCCAGUGGCAGUGUUGGCUUCUGGCACUCCGAGGGCGGCGCGCCGCUGCAGCAGGUUGUCGCUCCUAUUUCGGCUUCGACAUCUUCCAACGGCGCGGACUGGCACUUGGGUGUUCUCGAGCUUCCCCGCAGCGGGUACUCCGAUACUGAUGAGGACUUUUAUUUCUCUGGUGUGUACAUUGAGGAUGGUGCCAUCACAACCUCUGUCACGGGACCUGCUGCAUAA